AUAUUCCAAAGCCAAUUAGCCAAUGUCUGUCCGACAAAACAUUAAAAUACCUGGCAAAUGGCAAAUUAAUGGUUGAUAAACAAUCAUGUCGUCUCUAACUGGAAAGCAAAAAUCUUCAAAUUUGGAAAAGUCUCUUGGUAAAGGGAAGCCUGAGGUGAACAUUGCAACAUUCGCCGUGUUGUUUUCAGAGAUUGUACAGUAUAGUCAGAACCGGGUUCACACUGUGCCUGAGUUGCAAAACAAGUUGUCAGAACUGGGCCAACAUGUGGGCUCCCACCUGCUGGAUGUGUUAUUCCUCCGAGAGAAAGGUUACAAGAGAGAGAUAAAGCUGUUGAGCAUGCUGAUCUUUAUCAAGUCAACUUUCUGGAAGAUUGUUUUUGGCAAAGAGGCUGAUAAACUGGAACAAGCAAAUGAUGAUGACAGAACGUAUUACAUCAUAGAAAAGGAACCACUGGUGAAUAAAUUCAUUUCAGUACCAAAAGACAAAGGUAGUCUGAACUGUGCGGCAUUCACUGCUGGGAUUGUUGAGGCUGUUUUGAAUGGUGCAAAUUUUCCUGCCAAAGUGACGGUGCACUGGCACAAGGGCACCACCUUCAUGAUCAAGUUUGAUGAGGAUGUAAUCGCCAGGGACAAAAUGAUUGAGAGCAGAUAGAGAACAAGGAGCCAGGGACAAGAUGAUUGAGAGCAGAUAGAGAAUGGGGAGUCAGGGACAAGAUGAUUGAGAGCAGAUAGAGAAUGGGGAGUCAGGGACAAGAUGAUUGAGAGCAGAUAGAGAACGAGGAGUCAGGGACAAGAUGAUUGAGAGCAGAUAGAGAAUGGGUAGUCAGGGACAAGAUGAUUGAGAGCAGACAGAGAAUGGGGAGUCAGGAGAUAAUGGAGGAAGAAAGGGCAUGUAAGAUUGUUACAGGGAGGAUGAGGAACUAUACGAUAAUGGAGGAAGAAAGGGAAUGUAAGAUUGUUACUGAUAGGGGAGGAUGAGCAAUGGGACAAUAGAGAAAGAAAAGAAAACGUAAGAUUGCUGAAGCUCAACGAAAGUUUCUGCUUUGGCUUCUGAUGUUGGAGUAACAGGAUGGAAUUCUUCCUUCUUCUUUUCAGUUGUGUUCAGUAUAACCAGGCUAGCACAAACCUUUGGUUUAAAGUAUCUGUUCGCUGAGAAAUGUAGAAUUUCACAUCUGUUGAAUUUCAGAUUGUCUGUGUGUAAUAAAGUUUGCAUCUUCAAUCUUGACACUGAAAAAGUGACUUUCCAUUGUGUGGUUGAUCUGGUGUGGGCUGACCUGCUUCCCUGUCCCAAUCUGUCCCUGUGUGGGAUUUGCUUUUUCUUUUCUCGAAUGGUUUUAAUUUUUGUCUCCUGUGAAUGUGUAUUUUUUUUCUCUAAAGUUUAGCUUGAAAUGUUUGAAAAGAAAGUAAAGAAUUUGUGUGACUAAAAACAAGCUGAAGAAUGUGUGCCUGAUACAGUUAUUAUGAUUGACCAUUGUCUGGUUCGCCUAUAGUGCAGGUCUACUUUGUAGAUUAUACUUACUAGCCUUCUUAUGUCUGGUUCGCCUAUAGUGCAGUUCGUCUACUUUGUAGAUUAUAUUUACCAGCUUUCUUAUGUCUGGUUCGCCUAUAGUGCAGUUCGUCUACUUUGUAGAUUAUACUUACUAGCCUUCUUAUGUCUGGUUCGCCUAUAGUGCAGUUCGUCUACUUUGUAGAUUAUAUUUACCAGCCUUCUUAUGUCUGGUUCGCCUAUAGUGCAGUUCGUCUACUUUGUAGAUUAUACUUACUAGCCUUCUUAUGUCUGGUUCGCCUAUAGUGCAGUUCGUCUACUUUGUAGAUUAUAUUUACCAGCCUUCUUAUGUCUGGUUCGCCUAUAGUGCAGUUCGUCUACUUUGUAGAUUAUACUUACUAGCCUUCUUAUGUCUGGUUCGCCUAUAGUGCAGUUCGUCUACUUUGUAGAUUAUAUUUACCAGCCUUCUUAUGUCUGGUUCGCCUAUAGUGCAGUUCGUCUUCUUUGUAGAUUAUACUUACCAGCCUUCUUAUGUAGCUGAGUGUUGUGUGAGAGUCUUUAGUUUUCUGUGGAGCGAAUUGAACGGAAAGCCUGAUGAUAAAUGUAACUAUAUAUGUUAUUGUUAUGAUUGAAAAAUGCAUGAGUGAGUGAAUAAUGUGUUAAUGUAGUGGUUCUCUUUUCAACACCUCUCCUCUUCCAUGUAACUGUUCCCAGCAAUCAGUGGUUCAACGACACCCAUUGCUGUCAGAAAACAUUUCAUAGGCUCAGUUUUGGUCAAAUAGAUUGUGUCUCCAGAUAUUUAUUUUUUGUUAUGUCAGCUCUUUUCUGGCUCUUGUCAGACAGACUCUCUUUCAGGCUCAUGUGUCAUUAAAAAAAUCAUUAUUAAUUUAUUUGAUUAUAUCACUGUUGUUGGUACUUUUGUGAAAGUAAAAGUUGACAGUGCA